UUACGAUAGAAUUAGUAUAUGUUGAAACUUGUCAAGAGGGACCCACGUGGGAAGAUAAACAUAUAGAGCAUGGCAACACAAGAAACACAAGAAAUAGAUCCUGAGGCUGCAGUUAAGCAGUUUAAAGAGUUUAUUGGAGCAUAUAAUAAAAUAACACAGAUGUGUUUUAAAGACUGUAUUCAUGAUUUUACAACAAGAAAAAUUUCAAAUGCUGAGAAUAGCUGUUCCUUAAAUUGCUUAGAGAAAUAUCUGAAGUCCACACAAAGAAUAUCUACGCGAUUUCAGGAACACCACUUACAGUACACAGAUGACUCACCAUACAAGACAAUGGCUGGAAAAAGUUGAUGAAGGCCAUUUUAACGAAGGAGGACAUUAAACUAAAUUUUUCAAGUUAAGAUCCAUUUUAUGGAUCAUUGUGUCCAUAAUGUCAACUGCAGAGAGAUGGGAUAUCAACACCAUGUUAUACAAUUCUUGUUGGAUGUACAGUUGACUUAAUUAUAAAAAUUUAAAUAUAUAGAUAUGUGAAGUCAUUUAGAAAAUUGCAAGGUCAUGGUAUAAAGUACACUAAAAUAUGGAGAAAUGAAAUAGAUGACCUUAUGAAUGAUUUUUUGGGAUGGUAAAUUGACUGAGAUAUAACAAUGACAAAAAUAUGUAUUAAAGUAUUACAUUUAUGUUAAUCUGGUUUUUUUUUAACUGUUGACCUUCAUGAAUUGGACAUUUUAGUAACUCUUCAAAGAAUUAUGUCUCUCAAUCAUGGAAAAGUGAAAUAUAUUGUGUUUGUCA